AUGGUUGUCGAUACUCCGGUUAAGGGAUCUGUGACUACUUAUCUUGUGUGUUUAAAGUGUCUCGUGUCGAUUUUUGACCGAGACUUUCUUGUUGAUUUUGUUUGCUUGCCGCUGAGAGGAUUGGAUGUGAUCUUGGGGAUAAAUUGGUUAGAGCAUAACCAUGUUCACAUCAAUUACUAUGAUAAGUCUGUGAGGUUUUCUUCUCUUGAAGAGGAAAGCUUUAAGUUGUUGUCAGCUAGACAAAUGCUUAUGUUGAUGAAAGAAGAUGUUCAAGUGUUUGCUUUGGUUGCUUCAAUGUCUGUUGAGAAUCAAGCUAUAAUAGGAGAGUUAAAGGUGGUGUGUGAAUUUCCUAAAGUUUUCCCUGAUGAAAUUCUUGAUGUGCCACCUAAGAGAGAAGUUGAGUUCUCUAUCGAUCUUGUACUUGGAAAGGUUAAUGUUGUUGUCGAUGCUUUGAGUUGCAAGACUUUGCAUAUGUCGGCAAUGAUAGUUAAUGAGUUGGAAUUGAUUGAGCAAUUCAGAGAUAUUGCUAUUACAUUUUAUUAA